CUGGCUAAUGGGCGUGUCCCUCGCUUCCAACAAACAUGUCGACUGCACAGUAAAAGUUUUCUGCCAAUCUUUUAGCCAUUCAGUUGUCCCCACUCUACUACGCAAUACGAUGUUUAAACGUAACGUAGGCACACUCACUCCUUUUUAUAAUGCGCUCCCAAGUGUGCAUUUGGCCUUUGCUGUGUUUAUUAGCUUACAACUCACGUUUAUUCACAGUGAAAAACUAAACCCUGAGAGUUGUCUCAUCUGGGGUCCAGGACUUCACCCCGAUAUAGUUUUGCCUGUCCGGUACUUCUUCAUCCAGGCGGUCGAUUCGAAAGGAGAAAAUCUGACUUUAUCUCCAGGUAAAGACACUUUUAAAGUGAAGAUAACUUCACUUGAGAAGAAGGAGCACAUCCGCAUCCACGUCCCCCCACCUCUGGACAGAGGAGAUGGAUCCUUCUUAGUGAGGUACCGCUUGUACAAUACAGCACCAACAGGCCUCAAAAUUGAGAUCUUCCAUCAUGAAACUGCUGUUUCCCAAUCACCCUACAUCAUCCAAGGUCCAGUCUAUCAUGAAUACUGUGACUGUCCUGAACCUGACGCCUCUGCCUGGCAGAGUGUCAUGCAGUGUCCACUUGACGAGCCUCAGAUUGAGGCAGACUUCACAUCUUUUCCGACGAUCAACCUGCAGCAUCUCAGGGAGCAGGGGCCUCAAAGAUUUUCAAACAGAGGCGGUAUCAUUCACUAUGCCAUCAUCAACAAUCGUCUGUUCCGCCGAACGCUGGGAAAAUACACCGACUUCAAGAUGUUCUCUGAUGAAAUGCUACUAUCCCUGACAAGGAAGGUGAGGGUGCCUGAUGUCGAAUUUUACAUCAAUGUUGGUGACUGGCCUUUGGAAACGAGGCCAGCUGAUGCAAGUCCUGUUCCAGUCUUGUCCUGGUGUGGUUCUACAGACUCACGAGAUAUUGUCCUCCCCACCUAUGAUCUCACACAUUCCACUCUGGAGACCAUGAGAGGUGUCACCAAUGACCUGCUCUCCAUUCAAGGCAACACAGGUCCCUCAUGGGCAAACAAAACAGAUCGGGCAUUUUUCCGUGGCCGGGAUAGCAGAGAGGAGCGUCUGCAGCUGGUUUCUCUGUCCAAGAAACAUCCAGAGCUUCUGGAUGCUGGGAUCACAGGAUGGUUCUUUUUCAGAGACAGAGAGAAACAUGUUGGCAAAGCACCGCUUGUUGGAUUCUUUGAUUUCUUUAAGUACAAGUACCAGGUGAAUGUGGACGGCACAGUGGCGGCGUAUCGUUUUCCUUACCUGAUGCUUGGGAACAGCCUGGUUCUGAAGCAGGACUCGCACUACUAUGAAUAUUUCUACAGUAGUCUACAAGCCGGGACCCACUAUGUCCCCUUCAAGAGAAACCUGCUGGACCUGUUGGAAAAAAUUAAAUGGGCCAAAGAGAAUGACGCCGAAGCACAAAAGAUCGCCAGUGCGGGUCAGGCUGCGGCCCGUGUGCUGCUGCAACCCAGCAGACUCUACUGUUACUAUCAGCGAGUGCUGCUGAUGUACGCCCAGCGGCAGGCGGGUCAGCCAAGCCGCCACGCUGACAUGGAGCUGGUGCCUCAGUCUGAUGAACACACAAGUGUGUGCAAGUGUCAGCUUAAGAGCCACAAAGAGGAAAAGACUGUCAAAGAUGAACUAUGAUACACCAUCGUUGAGUCUCCCAAACAUUGAUCAUAUGUCAAGGGGGUUCGGGGGGGAAAAUGUGAAUUUAGAUAUUAGGUUGUAACAUUGCAAAUGUUUUGAAAGAUCUGUUUUGAAAAAGUAUGACAGACAAAAAUAACAUCGUUUUCCUACAUAGGUUUAAUGGUCUUUAUAAAAUUAGUUUUUUGUUACAAUAUGUUUACAUGUGUUUGACUGACAUUUUGUGUGUAGUUUUUAAGUGAGUCAUAAUUUUUAAGUAAAUCUUAUUUUUAUUCCGUCAGAUUUCAUGUACAGAAAUUUUUAACAAGCAGACGCUGUUAAAUUGGCCAUAUUUUGAGUGCGACAUGUUUACCUUAUUGUCUUUAUUGUUCUGUUCUACCUUAUUUUCAAUAUGCUGAACACAUGAAUCACAGACAUUAGAAUGUCCAAAAUCGUUUAAAGUUGAGUAAUGUUAAAAGAAAAGUGGUUUACCCACAUGAAAAAAAGGACAAUUUUCUGUCACCUUUUACAAACAGCACAUUGUAGUAUUUUACUUUCCUGAUCAAGCAUUUCAGUUUACUACGCCCCCUCAUAUUUCCUCUGAACCUUUAAAGUUCGCGCAAUGUAAUGCUCCCCAGAUAUAUACACUGCAAAUUAUUUUCCAAAAUCAUGCAAAAUAAGAAAAAUAAAAUAAAAACCUUUUAUUUCCAGACACAAGGAUGGCAAUGUAUGGUGUCUAACAUCAGUGGGAGGUAAAAGGCUUUUAUGAUGUUUAUGAAGUGUUAACAACAAUAUUAAACUCCAGUUUUACAGUGUGAAGCAUAAAAUAAUACAUGGGAGGGAAAAAGCCUCUCACGGUUAUGCACCACUCAAUUAUUUACUUGUGAAAUGAGUCCUGCAGUCCAAAUAUUAGCAAUGCUGUUGUCACACACUGUUCCAUUUGAAUUCUCUCUAAGUAAACAUUUCUUACUUUC